UGACUGUCUCAGAUAUGAUUAAAUGGGUUUCUCUUUCAAAUCAGUCAAAAACAUUCAUACAAAAUUCUCAUAUUGACCUUCUUUAUUGCAAUAUGCAUUAUGAAAUUGACCUUAUUUAUUGUGUUAUGAAGUUCAGUUUACAGCUGCUGACAGUAGAGGUGAAUCUGUACCAUGUGCCAGAGCAAAAUUUAGCCUAGCCUACAUAAUGUAUAAUGCAACUCACUAGUUCACAACAUCUGUUAAGAAUGGAUGUAUUUUGAAAUGCAACCACACAACUCAGACUAAAUAAAGUAAAAUAGUGAAUAAGGUAUCUUGACUUUCCACACAGGUGUGUGCUCAAAUAUAGUGAGUUUAACCUUUUACUCAGGUUAAAAUCUAAAUUCCACUUUCAAGACUGGAGGGUCAUUUUGCAUUCUUCUCUUGCCAAAGGCACUCUAUAUACCUGACUAACAUGUUGAACGAGUCCUCGUUCGUCAAUGAAACGCUUGUUGAGUGAAGUGAUUGCAUCCUUCAACAAGACCAGCCCCUUUACUAAAGUCGAAACCUGUGUGAAUUAUUUUACACAUCUUCCACAACAAACUCAGCAUAGACGAAACCAGCAUAUUUAAUAGAGACUCGUCACAUGUAAGUGUGGAGGUGCUGAUCGGUGCAUGUAAACAGGUUUAACACCGCUGUACCAACUUUACCAGCUGUGAAAAGGACUUUUCAGGGUAAGAUGGACAUCAAGAAGCCAGAUGAAGAGAUAGAUGAGUCUGAGGAAGAUGGGAUUGACUCUGAGGAAGAUGAGAAUGAUUCAGCAUUGGACUCAUCAACGAGCUAUGCAACAUCUGAAAAACUGUAUGAAAAUGUGCAUAAUGUAGAGGAAACCAGUUUAACUGCAUCAACAAACUUUCACGCAGAGGAAUUGCGCAUCAUGUUACUGGGGGCGAGAGGGUCUGGAAAAAGCUCAACUGGAAACACCAUCCUCAGGUUCAGCGCUUUUAAAUCGGACAUGCAGCUAAACAGAAUCACACAGUUCUGUGAAAGAGCAUCUGGAAACAUCAACGGCCGGCCCGUGGCCAUAAUCGACACGCCGGGACUGAACAGGAUCGGCCGUACAGAGAGGGAAGUGACCCGAGAGAUCCUAAAGUCCAUCUCUCUCUAUACUCCAGGACCGCAUGUGUUUCUGCUGGUUAUGCCUGUUGGGAACUUAACAAAUGAUGACAAAAGCAUGCAUAAGCUGAUUGAGAGCAUGUUUGGGGAGAGCAUCUGGAGGUACACUAUCAUUGUGUUCACUCACGGUGAUCGUCUGGAAGGGAAGACGGCGAAUGAUGUUAUCGCAUACUCAGACAAGGAACUACGCAGUUUUAUUCAUAAGUGCAGCGGUGGGUUUCUGUUUUUCAAUAACAAGGACAUGACAAACUAUGAGUCCGUGACAGAACUCCUAAAGAAAGUCGAGACCCUCGUGGCCAUCAAUGGAAGGAGCUGCUACACGUUGUCUUUCUACCCGGCCGCUGAGAGAAAGAUCAGGAAGAAAAUGGAGAAAGUUUUAGAGAUGAGAAAAGACCAGAUUGCACAGAAAGAGAGAGAGCUGCUGAUACACUGCAACACUGAGCAGGAGGUGGAGAGAAAAAGGCAGGAACUCUGGAGAAUGGAAGAAAAUGAUGCAAGAAAAUUGGCUGAGAAUCCAGCCAAACAAAAACUGUCCAUCAAACUAGCCAAACGGCACCAAGACCGAAAGUCUUCCGUCUAGAAACUUGUCCGAUUAUUUGACAAUGCUUGUGUUUUUAUUUGUCCUGCUUGCAUAAGAUAGAAAUGGACGAUCCAAAUUCUUCUAAUGUAUUUUUUGUUUGACGGAGCAAAAUUAUGCUAUUUAAUACCAUUAAAGGUGCACUAUGUAACUUUUUG